UGUUUUCAAGGUCUCCGAAGAUGCUGAUCGAUAACCAUUUCCGUCAUUCUUUCAGUUCUCUCUUCAGUCGGCGCCGCUUAAGCGAGCGCACGCGGAGUGGAGGAGGCUCGUGAAGAAGCCGCAGCGCAGAGGAAGGAAAAUCACCGACGGCGGACGAGCGGAGGGACCUAAAAAAUGAAUCUUCCGUCGUGCUUCAUCGCCCUUCAAUUGUUUGCGACGAUUAUACUUCUCUCUGAAAGUGCGACGAUCAGCAACGGGCUACAAGAGGUUAUCAAAGGCGGAUGUAACGAAACAACACACUACUUGUCAAGCAGUGGCAUCUGCUGUGAACUCUGUCAAGCAGGUAGCAGGAAGGUGAUGGAUUGCGAACCAAACAGCGGCACGUUUUGCACGGAAUGCUACCCAGGAGAAGACUACAUGGACGAACCGAACAGCUCCAACGAGUGCAAGAAGUGCACCGUUUGCAACGUGAAUUGUAAGUGGGUCGAGAAAACUGUGAGCGGAUGCACUACCAUGGAGGAUACUCUCUGUCGCUGUAAAGACGGCUUCCAGAGGGCUUCCCCAUCGGACCCCUGCACGGAAGCGAAGGGAGACGCAGGUUCGGACGACCGCUCGCUGCACCCACGUGGCUCUAACGCGCUCACAAUCGACGCUGGCGGGUCGGGGAGGAAUCUGCCAUGGACACUUCCCCUGGGGUAA